UGUUUUUCGGUCGAAUGGCGACAUUGCGUUGUGGUUUUCUGCUUUGUCGGUCCGUCCCAAUCAUCGAACUCAUUCCUGAUCGUACGUACCUAACGUGCCGUGUUUGCCUGCCUCUCACCUCUUGUGUACACCAGGACGAAGGCGACGGAGGGAACGAGACAGAGCCAAUAAGCCCCGGGUGGCGAAAGUGUUGGAUUCGAUGGCAGAGGCGUGGCACGUCGUGGUACCGAUUGCCGACGACGCCACCAGCGUCUGGCUGCUGGUUAAGGUAGCGGCGGCGAGGAUGGGCCCGCUGUGGUGGGUCAGCGCCGCCGCGCUGUCGGCGGCCGGCCUGGAGCGCGCGUGGCUCGUCCUCACGCUCUGCGCCGUGCUCGCCCUGAUGCCGCUCCUGGGGAUCGUUCGCAUCGUGCUGGCCGCGCUGGCGUGGUGCGCCAGGCUGUGCACGUUUCCCCCCGGCACCUUGUGCUGCCUCUGCGUUCUCGGCUGCUGCUGGCGCUGCCUCAACUUCUCCAUGGACGGGCCGCGGUGCAACGGGAGCACGGCCACCCGCCUGCUGGCGGGACUCAACUGUGCCGGCGGCGGCGGCGGCAGCGGCGACCGCAGCGGCGACCGCAGCGGCGACGACAACGGCGACGAGCCGCCGCCACCGCCGCCGCCGCAACGAAAUCGAUUUGCCGCCCCGAUAUUUUUCCUGGACGCGGUGUUGUGGGCCUUGGUUGGGGCUAGGGCCCGGUGCAGCCCUUUCUGGAGAGGGAUGGGGUUGAGCCUGGACUUGUCACCGGGCCAAGAAGGAGGCGAUAGUGGCAGUGGCGGGGAACAAGCGGCGGGAGAUUUCGGGGCUGUAAUCGACUCGUGGGUGAGUUGUCACCCGUUCAGCUGGCUGGGCAACUGCGUCUUUGGCAGGGUUCGUCCGUCGGACUCGGGUUGCGCGCGUCGCGGCUGUUGCUGCGCGGGGCGGCGCAACCUCGCGGAGGGGACGAGGAACAACGGUAGCAACGUAGCCACCACCUCCGACAGUGACAACAAGAACACCGCUACCACCGGCCCUACCAUCAACGGCAGCAGCAGCAGCAGCAGCAGCAGCAGCAGCGAGGAAGAAGACCCCGCGAUUUCGUCCGAGAGGCGACGACGAGCUCGUGUCAUGGUACGCUCGGUCGGGGAGACCCUGGUGGUCGACCCCCUGUUCUUGGCGCUUUCCGCGGUGUCUAGGGGCGGCUGGGACGGUAGCCUCGCGGGCAUAGCCGGAAUCUCCGCGGUGUUCUCCGCGCUGCAGCUGCUGACGGAGCUGCGAUACUACGUCAAGGGAGCCAGCGCGGUGCUGGAACGUGUCCCUGUUGUUCUCGCUGAUGAUGAUGAUGAUGGAGGUGAUGGAGGUGAUGGAGGUGGUGGAGGUGGACGUACCCUGUCGAGGGACGAAGAGAACCAACACAGCAGUGUGUGGUCCGCGUCUGACCACAGCGGGUCUAGCUCUGAUGAUGAUAGCGACAGGAGCUCGAGUUCGAGCUUGAGUUCGAGUUCGAUCUCUGAUGGACGGAGCCUAGAGACGGCCUCCGAACGGGUGGCAAGGGAGUGCUGAUGACGACGGCGUCGCGCGAGGAAUGUACAGAGUUGUUGGGAUAGCUUCGACGACGAUGAUGGGUAUGUCCGACCCUUGGUUUUGCCACAGGAGAAACAAGUUUUUCUCGCCCGCGGAACAGAACAUUGGCCGCUCAGCAGUUGGCUCGAGCGCUGAAAACCUGGUGGAUGGACAUCUGCGCUGUCAGGUCGUCGGGAGUGGUGCCAUGGCCUCGAGCAACGUUAAUUUACGAGGUUUGGUCUUCGAUGAGGAGGGGUGCGGGGUAGGGAGUAGGAGCUGGAGUAGACAUUAGAAACAGGUUACUGCAGUCUCGAUGAUGGUGGCCCGCGCAACGUUCGCUGAGCAAAGUAUGAAGCAACAGAGCGGAGGUGUGGGCAUAUUUUGGGACUUGAUGGAGGAGUGAACGACGUCGUUCUUUCAGAAGAACUCCCCCCCCUCUCUCCACUCGCUUUUUUUUUCGACUAAAACUGCAUUGUAAUAUAAGCACUCGAACAUUCAUGUGUUUGUCGACGUAGACCUAAGAGACAAGAAGGUAGAACUGUUCGUGGGGCUCGAGACGCACGCUGCCCUCGGAAGCGGAGGUUGGCGAAGGACUACCAAGCUAGGGCUUGUAGAGAGAGCUCGGACAAUUAAAAUUAACGAAGACGAUUCCAAUUCGUUCGUCGUCUCUCUGGGAGAAAGGCAUUGAAAGAAGGCAAGCAGGCAAGUAACACCACUGG